AUGGAUCCGGAGGCCCCGAGGUCGCGCGCGGAAUCCGCCCCCAAAGACAGGUGGCUUCCAGGAGAAAGAUGUCUUGCUCCUUCUCCACAUGAUGAAAAACUUUGUGAAGCAAGCAUAAAAUCUAUCACAGUGGAUGAAAAUGGCAAGUCAUUUGCUGUUGUCUUAUAUUCAGAUUUUCAAGAAAGGAAAAUACCUCUUAAAAGACUUCAAGAAGUAAAAUCUGCUAAAGGUUGCCCCAGGAGUUUUAUAUUUGAUGAUGAAGAUUUGGAAAAACCAUUUUUCCCAGACCGAAAAUUUCCAUCAUCUGCUAAUGCCUUUAAAUUAUCUGAAGAUGGAGAUUCUAUUCCUUAUACCAUUAAUAGGUAUUUGAGAGACUACCAAAGGGAAGGAGCUCAGUUUCUCUAUGGACACUACAUCCAAGGAAGAGGAUGUAUUCUGGGUGAUGACAUGGGACUUGGAAAAACAGUUCAGGUUAUUUCAUUUCUGGCUGCAGUGUUGCAUAAAAAGGGAACACGUGAGGAUAUUGAAAAUAACAUGCCAGAAUUUUUACUAAGAAGUAUGAAGAAGGAACUGCUUUCUUCUAUAGCAAAAAAGAUGUUCUUAAUAGUUGCUCCUCUUUCUGUCCUCUACAACUGGAAGGAUGAAUUGGAUACCUGGGGAUAUUUCAGAGUCACUGUUUUACACGGUAACAAAAAAGACAAUGAACUGCUUCGUAUAAAGCAGAGGAAAUGCGAAAUUGCUCUAACAACUUAUGAAACACUGCGCUUGUGUCUGGAUGAACUUAACAGUUUGGAGUGGUCAGCUAUCAUUGUGGAUGAGGCUCAUAGAAUCAAGAAUCCAAAGGCGAGAGUAACAGAAGUAAUGAAAGCGCUCAAGUGUAAUGUUCGCAUUGGCCUCACUGGAACCAUUCUUCAGAACAACAUGAAGGAACUGUGGUGUGUUAUGGACUGGGCUGUGCCAGGACUUUUAGGUAGCAGGAUCCACUUCAAGAAGCAGUUUUCUGACCCAGUAGAACAUGGUCAGAGACACACAGCAACAAAAAGAGAACUAGCUACUGGCCGAAAGGCCAUGCAAAGGCUUGCAGAAAAGAUGUCUGGCUGGUUUCUCAGGCGAACCAAGACUUUCAUCAAGGAUCAGUUGCCUAAGAAGGAAGAUCGGAUGGUUUAUUGCUCUCUGACGGAUUUCCAGAAAGCUGUCUAUCAAACAGUGUUAGAAACAGAAGAUGUCACUCUGAUACUUCAAUCUUCUAUGCCUUGUACCUGCAGCAGUGGCCGGAAAAGGAGAAAUUGUUGUUAUAAGACCAAUUCCCGUGGUGAAACGGUACAAACCUUGUGUCUCAGUUACCUCGCAGUCCUUCAGAAGGUGGCUAAUCAUGUCGCACUGUUGCAAGCUGCCAGUACCUCCAAACAACAGGAAACACUUAUCAAAAGGAUAUGUGAUCAGGUAUUUUCCAAAUUCCCGGAUUUUGUGCAGAAAAGCAAAGAAUCGUCCUUUGAAACUCUUUCUGAUCCUAAAUACAGUGGGAAAAUGAAGGUUCUUCAGCAGCUUUUAAAUCAUUUCCGAAAAAACAGAGAUAAGGUUCUUCUCUUCUCUUUUUCCACCAAGUUGCUUGAUGUGCUCCAGCAAUACUGUAUGGCAUCUGGGCUGGAUUACCGGCGACUUGAUGGAAGUACAAAAUCAGAGGAAAGGCUCAGGAUCGUGAAGGAGUUCAACAGUACACAAGAUGUUAACAUUUGCCUUGUCUCUACAAUGGCUGGUGGACUCGGCCUCAAUUUUGUUGGUGCCAAUGUUGUUAUAUUAUUUGAUCCAACUUGGAAUCCAGCCAAUGAUCUUCAAGCUAUUGACAGAGCAUACAGGAUUGGACAGUGCAGAGAUGUUAAAGUGCUUAGGCUGAUAUCCUUGGGAACUGUGGAAGAGAUCAUGUAUCUACGACAGGUAUACAAACAGCAACUUCACUGUGUGGUAGUUGGAAGUGAAAAUGCCAAGCGAUAUUUUGAAGCAGUUCAAGGAUCAAAAGAGCAUCGAGGAGAACUUUUUGGGACCUAUAAUCUCUUCAGACUAAGACCCCAAGGAUCUUGUCUUACGAGGGACAUCUUGGAGAGAGAAGGCCAAGUGGAAGCAGGAAUCAUGACUGCCACAACAUGGUUGAAAGAGAGACCUCCAGCACACAACCCAGAAACGCCCAGGGAGCCUGAUUGUCAAGAACCCAGAGGACAAGACCCACCUGCAGACCCACUGGCAGUGGACGCCUGUGAUCUCUGCAGUGACUUUAGUGAUGACGAGUCAGUGAGAGCCUCAAGAAUAAAGACUUCUAACGGCAAAGCAUCUGACGCAAGCAAAGCUGCAGGUUCUUCAGGGCAGCUGACCUUACUCCAGUGUGGCUUCUCUAAACUGUUGGAGGCAAAGUGUACAGCAGUUAAAGAUGGCAAGGGAAAUACUGCGUCUGGUGGUGAAAGUUCUGAUGAGCAGCCCAUUUGCCUUCCAGCAGAAGCCAAAGAUGCUGGUUGUCAGAAAACUCAGGACACUGUUGGUACUUCAGAACACCAGACAUUAGAUAAAAUCCUAAAUUCAAAUGAGAAACGUGUUUUUGAUAAAAGUGAGAAACUAUUAGAACAGAAUGCUUCUUCUGAGUCUGAUGUUGAAAAAAACUCUUCACAUCUGGUGGGACGUCAUUGCAAUAUACAGAAUGGCACAGAAUCAGAAGAUAGUGAUGUCAUCUUUCCCACACAAUAUGCAACUCCACGAUUCCCUAACAAUCGAGUAAGGAGUAAGCAACUCUUAGAUGAAUCUGAAGAUUCUGAAACAGAAAACCCUGUAAAAAUAAGAAACAAUGGUGAUGGUGAAGAGACUAAUGACAGAAGACAUGGACUCAUUUCAAAAAAUUUAAAUCCUGAGAACAGGACCCUGAAACCUAUUAUGAAAAGCCAAGACACUGGUGAUAUUAGUGACGAAUCUGAUGACAUUGAAAUGUACCCCAAGAUGAGGGUAAGAAAACAAAGAUCUACUAGUCGAUUGAGGCUUAAGAGGAAAAAGGAAAACAAAAGACAACUUUACAAUUUUCCUAAAACAAUGAAGAAAACAAACCAAUUGUGUGCAACAGAUGAGGGUAGUAACUCUCAAAUUAUUGAUGACUUUUCAUCAUCAGAUGACAGUAUAUCUGUCAGCCACUUCAGUGGCUCUAAACAGAGCCAUACAGCAAAAACUAUAAAAGACAAAAUCAGUUUCUCUGCACAAUUGCCUAGGCACCAUAAAAAAAUUAACACUUUUAUACCAAGAAAACCAAUGAAAUUUUCAAAUGAGAAAGUUGCCAAUCAAGAGCAGAUGUAUGAAUCAAUGGAUAAACUUUUAGGUGGUGUUCAGGAAGUGGCUUAUAUUCACUCAAACCAGCAUGUGAUAGGAUCCAGCAAAGCUGAGAAUCAUAUGAGCCGGUGGGCAGCACGUGACGUGUUUGAGUUGAAGCAGUUUUCCCAGCUUCCUGCUAACAUAGCUAUUUGCAGUUCUGAGACAUAUGAAGAAAAAGCGAACCCAGCUACAGUAACACACACGAGGACAGACCAGCCACCGAGUGAAGGACCCGGUUCCUCUCCCCUGUGCGUUUCACACCCUGUAAGUCAGAAGAAGAAAAAAGUCUACCGUACAGACCAGACGACCUUCAUAAUUGGAGAAACACCAAAAGGAAUCCGCAGAAAACAAUUUGAAGAAAUGGCUUCUUUCUUUAACCUGUCUUCUGUAAAGGAAUUCGCUAUACAUAUAACUAACGCCACUUCAGAAGAACGACAGAGAAUGCUAAGAGACUUUUAUGCUUCUCAGCAUCCGGAGGUGAAAGAAUUUUUUGUGGAUUCUGUUUCAGAAUUCAUCAAAUCUGCCCACAAGGAAGGAGAGAGUACCAGAAAUAAAUGUAAAGAAAGAAACUCUUUUAUAAAAAGAAAACCAUCACAAUCUAAAAAUUUGUCCUUUAGAGAUUGUACCAACCAAAUUUCUCAAAUUUGCAGUCCAAAAGCAUCUAAAGGAAAAUCAGUUAAGUUUCAGAGUGACGGUGCGUGUCAGGAAGAGGCACUUUCCAGUGAUGCAGAAACUGCAAAAUCUCCUAUUAGCUCUGCUCACGAGAUUGACAGUGGGGACGAUGGGCGAGCCUCCAGAGACCCGGCGGCCUCCCGCUCUCCCAAGGGCAAGUCAGAGGCACAGGAGAGGCAGCUGGAAAAUACCAAGCAAGCCCCAAAGGACCUCACAGGGACGGGCAUCUCAAGAAACAGACCCCUUUGCAAGUCAGAAGACAAAAAGGUAGAAAAUCCAGAGUUCGGAAAUGCUUCUGUGGAAGGCUUGCUUGGUGACACCUCUAUUCUCGAUGACCUCUUUAAAAGUCACGGGAACGGUCCCACACGACUGCCAAAGAAGGUUCUUUCAAGGCCCAUGGAAAAAGCAAAACAGAGACCAAAAGACUUCUGGGACAUCUUGAAUGAGCAGAAUGAGGACAGUCUCAGUAAACUGACUGACGUAGCGGUUAUAGAGACCCUGUGUGCAAAAGCACCUCUUGCCGUACACUGCAAAAGGAAGGAAAGGCAGGAAACUUCCCUCUGGAAACCCAAUGAGAAGUUUCUGUGGAAAACAUUGAACUCCAGUGAUACAGAGGAGAACACAGCUAUCACACAGAGAGAGUGACACACGAGUGUGUGAAUGAAUUAGUACACCAGAGAGCUGCCGCCGUCAGUGUCAUCAGCACUGUGUCCACACUGAUGAUACUGUCCCAACACAGUGGUCCGCUUAUAUUUUUAUUAAAUUCUUAUUUUAGGGUCUGUUAGUUUUAGAUGUCGUGAUUUGUUUUCCUUGAUAUGUGACUUGAUCUUUUGGCUUUAGUUUUGAUUUGGGCACUGGGGACUGAACACAGGGCCUCUCCACCACCAAGCCAUGUCCCCAGUUCUGUUUGUUUAUUUGUUUGUUUUGAGACAGGAUCUUGCUGAAUUGCUGAGUUUGGCCUCAAAUUUUCAGUCCUCUUGCGUUAGCCUUCCAAGUUGCAGGGAUUACAAGCAUGCACCACUGUACCCAGCUCAUAUCUGGCUUGAUCUUUCAAAAAAUAUGAUUAUAUUAUAGUAUAAACAUUAUGAAAUGAAAAAGAUUCUAGAUUUGUUAUCAGAAGACCUUCUGUAACUUUAGAUAAGUCACUUUCCCUGGUGUACAUUCAUUUCAUAACAUGAAAGAUUCAGGGUUUGAAUCUUUCAAGAAUAUCAGUCAACACAAAUAUCCUUUCAGUUUGAAAACCCAAUUCACUCUCCCAAGUGCCUUUUAGUCAUAGGUCAAAUCAUGCCCCCACAUCAGGAGGGAUACCCUGAUGUGUUUCUUCCUUAAAAGCGUCUGGAAAAUCAUUAAAUGCUUUCCUUUUCCCUUGG